CUAUCUGAAAGUUCAAGUCGCAUUACACCAGCCCCGGAACCCGGAGGUAAGCUCGGAAGUCAUUCGGAACGUCGUCUCAUCAUUCUCAUGUUUUCCAUAAGAACACCACCAACAGCAGCAGCAUCAAGACUCGCAGCUAGAUAUCUGACUACCAUCUCCUCGGCAGUUAGAACUACCACCACCACCACCACUCAUCGUCAUCAGAGCUCCACAUCUUUAAGCAGCUUCACCACCCCUACCUUUUCUUCUUCUUCUCCUUACAAUACCAACCUCACCUCCACCUUUUCUCUUCGCCAAACCAAAAGAACAAUGUCCUCAGCAGUAGCCAAGCGCCUCGCCGGCAAGACCAUCGUCAUCACGGGCGCCUCGUCCGGCAUCGGCCGCAGCACCGCCUUCGAGUUUGCGCGGACCGCGCCCAACCACGGCCUCAAGCUGAUCCUGACGGCCCGCCGCGUCGAUGCCUUGGAGCAGAUUGCCAAGGAGAUCCGCGAGGAGGUCGGCGAGGGCGUGCAAGUGCUGCCGGUCAAGCUGGACGUGAGCCAGCCUGAGGAGGUCAGGGGGUUUGUGGGGGGCUUGCCGGAGGAGUGGAAGGAUAUUAAUGUGCUGGUUAAUAAUGCUGGUCUCGUGAAAGGAGUCGCCCAAGCCCCCUCCAUCGCCGAACAAGACAUCAACGUCAUGUUCGCCACCAACGUCACCGGCCUGAUCAAUAUGACCCAAGCCAUCCUGCCCAUCUUCAAGGCCCGCGGAACCGAGGGCGGCUCCGGCGAUAUCAUCAACAUCGGCUCCAUCGCCGGCCGCGAGCCGUAUGCCGGAGGUUCCAUCUACUGCGCCACCAAGGCCGCCGUCCGCAGCUUCACCGACGCCCUGCGCAAGGAGCUGAUCGCCACGCGCAUCCGCGUCAUGGAGAUCGACCCGGGCCAGGUCGAGACCGAGUUCAGCGUGGUGAGGUUUUAUGGUGAUAAGAGCAAGGCCGACGCGGUCUAUGCUGGUGUUGAUCCUUUGACGCCGGAUGAUAUUGCCGAGAUUGUGGUGUUUGUUGCGACGAGACGGGAGAACGUUGUUGUUGCUGAUACGUUGGUUUUCCCUAGCCAUCAGGCUGGCGCUGGUGUUAUGCACCGCAAGUCGACAUGAAAAGAGGGUCAAAAGGGCUGUUGUUGAUAAGCAUAUAGACGUACAUAUAGAACUGAGAGAUGUGAAUAGUAAAAAGGGAUAAGAAGUCAGUUCAACGCAGUUGUGAUCAUCACACCCCACUGUAGCACAGAGUCUCCGAUU